AUGCCAGUAGAGUUUAUUAGCUUAACUUUCAACAAUGCCUCGACUGAGUUGACCCCGCUGGCCAACCCGGCGAUUGAUCCAGCAUACUUGGAGAAAUAUGCCAGGAACUUGGAUGACUACGAAUUCAACUACACCCUACAGCCAUACCAUUCAUCCAUGUUCGAUCCUUUCACCCUCGGCGCCACGAUUGCCGCUCACACAAAGAAGUUGAAAAUCAUCAUCGCGCUACGACCCAACACGAUGUAUCCUACCGUUGCAGCAAAGGCUCUGGCUACACUCGAUCAGCUCAGUAAUGGGAGAGCCGUGGUACAUUUUAUUGCAGGAGGUAGCGACGCCGACCAAGCAGCCGAGGGCGACUUUGUGCCAAAAGCUGAACGAUAUACUMGCCUUGAGGAAUACAUUCAGAUUCUUCGCCGUGCUUGGGCGUCGGGGGAACCUUUCGAUCACAACGGCAAGUACUAUCAUUUCAAAGCCUUCAGCAACGCCGUUCGUCCCGUGAACAAGACCAUUCCUAUAUCCGUAGGCGGCUCAUCAGACGACGCCUAUCGUGUCGGAGGCUCUCUGGCGGAUAUCUUCGGCCUGUGGGGCGAGCCACUCAAGGAAACCAAAGAUCAAAUCGACAGAAUCUACGCAGAAGCCGAAAAGGCAGGACGGAAAGAUCGUCCGAGGAUCUGGGUCACUUUCCGCCCUAUUGGAGCUGAGACGGAAGAGUUAGCAUGGGCAAAAGCACACCAUACAUUGGAUCUGUUGACUGCCAAUACAGCUGCCGGGAAAGGGAAAGUUAAGCCCGGCGCUCCAGCCCCUCAGAAUGUUGGAAGUCAAAGACUACUUGAUAUUGCGAAAAGAGGAGAGGUACAAGAUAGAGCUCUUUGGUAUCCUACCGUAACGGCUACGAAUGCUCGUGGAGCUUCCACGGCUUUGGUUGGAAGUUGGCAGACUAUCUCGGACUCUAUUGUGGACUAUGUCGAGCUCGGAUGCGAGCUCAUCUCAAUUCGGGGUUACGAUAAUUUGAACGAUGCCAUUGAUUAUGGACGAUAUGUGCUGCCCAAUGUUCGAGCACAGCUUGCGAAAAAGUCGGGAACUGCAAUCAACGGCAACGGCAACGGCAACGGCAACGGCAACGGCAACGGAAAUCCUGAGGGCGCUGUAAAUGGGGAUGUCAAAAUCGUUGAUCGCAGUGUGAGAAGUUUUGCACGGUUAAGAUGA